UCCGAUUCGUCACGACAACAACACAGGUGUGUUUGGAGAUCCAAGCCACGACAUUUACAAUCGGACGCAAGUGACUAAAGCCACCCAGCGGCCACUACGCGGCGGUGACGUCCCCGCGUGUAAUUUCGUGCCAGGCUAGGUGCACUCCACGCCUCCGAAACCACUCUCACCAGCGCAGCGUUUUGGGCGAGACGGCGAGCGAGCGGGUGCCGUGAUGGUGUCUGCCUCUGGCCGCGAGCGCGAUUCGGAGAGACGCGGGGGCCCAUGACCACGACGAGCGACUCGUGCUGCCUCCCGACGCCCGCGGGCAUGGGCGAGGCGGCCCCACCGGCGCCGCUGCCGCCGCCGCUGCCGCCGCCUCCGCCUCACGACUCGCCUAGAGUCGUGCAGACGAAGCGCCUCUACCGGGCGGUUGUGGAUGUUGUUCAUCGGCUGGACACCAUCAUUUCCAGUUCAUCUGUGUGUCAAGAAGUCUUCAAGCCAGAGAAUGUCAGCCAAAGAAACAAGUUGCGGGAGCUGUGCGUGCAGCUCAUGUUUUUGCACCCUGUGGAUUACGGACGCAAGGCUGAGGAGCUGCUUUGGAGGAAGGUCUACUAUGAAGUGAUUCAUGCUGUCAAAGCAAACCGCAAGCAGCUUCAGACCCGGGGCUCGAUGGAAUGCGCGUACCGCACGCAUCUUGUCGCGGGUGUCGGCUUCUACCAACACCUGCUGCUUACCCUGCAGUCUCACUACCAGCUGGAGCUGCAGGCCUGUAUCGACUGGACCCACGUUGUCGACACGCUGAGCGCUGUGAAGAAACCAGCGGUGGUUUCGUCCCGUGCAUUGGAGUGGGCACGGAUGGCUUGUCACCACUGCCUGAUAUACCUUGGAGACCUAGCUCGCUACCAGAAUGAGCUGGGCGUCAUCGACACCCAUCACCUGUCCGAGCGCUUUUACCUCCAGGCUCUGGCAGUAGCUCCCCACGUUGGAAUGCCUUUAAAUCAGUUGGGUACAUUGGCUGGGAACCGUUCUUACAAUGUGGAGGCAGCCUACUACUACAUGCGUUGCAUUCAGUCUGAGGUGGGAUUUGACGGUGCUGUUGGUAACAUGAGACGAGUGUUUAUUAAAGCCAAGAAGAUGUAUAUGGAGCUCCUCAAGAAAGAGGCUCCUUGUAAGAAGGCAUCCCUUAGUAAACAGAGGUCACGAGACCUUAAAAAGCUUCUUGUGAGCUUCCUCUACCUUCAGAGUUUGCUUCAUCCAACCAGCAGUGUGUCAGAGGCAGAGGUUACCUCCCUGUGCCAGGCCGUCCUGCACGAUUUUAACCUCUGCAUGUUCUACCUGCCGGCCGCGGGGGCCAAUGCCGGUGCAGGACCCGAGGACCAUGACGCCCCGUGCCUCUCCCACCUUCUUGUCUUCAGAAUGCUCGUGCUUUGCCUCAUGGGCCUGCACGGCCUGAAGAGGGCAGGAUCAAAGCAAUUCACAACGGCUGUGGCAUUCACCCUGGCCUUGUUCUCUCACCUCCUCAACCACCUCAUCAUGCGGCUGCAGGUCGAGAUGGACGACUUGGAAAACAUUGUGCCUGCUCUGCCUCCAAGCGAGGAAGAUGGGAACACACUGGUCAACAAGACUGGAAGGUCAGCUUCAGCUGCACGCCCUGGCACAGAGGAAGUUACCGGCAGAGCGGCACUAAAGGACGAGGCUUCUGCUCCGGUUGAAGCUCAGUCAUCAGCGGUGGUCGAGUCAGUGCCACCUCCCCUGCAAAAAAAGCGUGGUAAGCUCGAGCCAAAGACGUCGCGGCUGCGCUGGCGCCGUAGGAGGAGAGGCAGUGGCUCCGGAGAGAGUGACUUGAGCGAAGACUUCGACUCGGAUGAUGAUGGUGAUGAAGGAGGAGACCGUGGUGACGGAGAGAGUGAAGGGGCUUCAAAUUCAGAGUUUUGCCUUCAGGAGGAGGAUGAGGAGGUAGCGGCUGCAUUUGGCUCAGAUUCUGAGUCGGAUAUGAACAGCCAGGAGUCUCGGUCAGACCUUGAUGAUGUGGACGGCGAAGAUGACGAAGAGGAAGAAGAAGAGGCAGAAGAUAAAGAGGAGGAUGAUGUGGACAACGAAAAAGAAGAGAAAAAUAAAAUCUUGAAGGUGUCAGAAGACGUGCAGCGGAUUAAAGAGGUGGAAGGACAAGCUGACGGAACCAAGGAGGCUGACUGCACAAAGCAAGAGAGCUCACAAAUUGAUACAGUGGCGCAAAACGGGGCACUGACGGCAACAGAGGAAGUGAACUUGGGCACGAUCGCAAGCAGCCUGCAGAUGUUCCAGUCUAGGCGCAGCUACAGGCUGGCACCCGCCUUUGAACCCAGCACUGUGUCGCAGCCUGCGCAAGAUUCACAGCCACUCCCGGUACCCACUGUGGAGGCCGUUAAGCCCAGCGAAAAUGGCGAGGACAUCCGGCCCAUUGACAAUGAACAAAACGGCACUCUGGCAGACUUGAAUACAGGUGCAGCAAAUGGAAGUGUGUCGUCGGAGGAGACGCGCAGCACACCCAGUGAGGGCGAGCGAGGGCCGCUGCGAGAGAGAACCACGGACGAGACGCUGGACAUCCUGUGCCGCGAAGGGCUCCUGCCCUCUGUCAAAGUGUUCCUUGACUGGCUGCGGAUUAACCCAGACAUUGUGCGCACAUGCGCACCGAGCUCCCAAAACCUCUGGAAUCGCCUCUCGGUCCUGCUUAACAUUUUGCCUGACAGCGCGAAACUGAUGGCGGCAGGCACGCAGUUGCCACCGGGAGCCGUGCGCUUUGUGAGUGGCUGUGAGAGAGGGGAGCAGCGGCCGGCCGUGGCGCUGCCCGAAGAUGUGGCCCUGCGCAGGCUCCUGGCGCUGCGGGAAUCCCACGCGCGCAUGCUGUCAAGCGAGACUGCUUGGCAAGAGCCACUCUCGCCUCUGCAGCAGACUGUGGUGCGUGCCGCAUGUCUGCGAUGCAUGGGGCAUCACUUUGCUGCACUCAACACGGGCGUCCUGCAUUACAGCACCGAGCUGAGCAUCUUUCUGGGGAGCAGCAGUGCCGUGGAGCCAGAGGGCGGCAUGGGAGAAGACACCGGUGUAAAGGAUGCCAUGCAGCAAGCUGAGAUGCAGCUUAAGAUGGCGGAGGAGGAGUUGCGCAGGAACCGUCUGAUGAGGGACAUGGCUCAGCUUCGGCUGGAGGAGGAGGUGCGCGAGCUGGAGGGCAGCCUGCGUUCCCCGGGCACUUCCGCCUCGCUCUCGCCGUACCUGGUCCCUGACGCAGGUGCGUUGAGCCAGCACCUCCAGCUGGUGCGGCAGUUGGCUGCCAGCGCACGCUUCAUUCUGCUCAUCCCCCGUGCAGUGAUCGAUGGGUUGGACGUGAUGAAGAAGGACGAGGCAACCGCCAGGGAUGCCAUCCGCUUCCUGGAGGGAGAAUUCAAGAAAGGAAGCCGGUAUAUUCGGUGCCAGCGUGAAUCUGGAAAGGUCCCAGAUCGACACCGGCUCAAGAGACAAGACCCCGAGGCCUGGCGCAUGUAUCGCAUCCUGGACGGAUGCAAGCAGCUGACAGUGGCUCAGGGUGGAGCGGAGGAGUCGGCAGGAAUGGUCACCAUCCUGCUCGCCUGCCAACCCCAGGACACUCAGGCUCUCACACCGAACUUGCAGGAUGCUAUCCGGGAGGCUCAGGAGAGUGGGAUUCACGUGCGGAACGUGCAGGAUUUUUACCGACAGUGGCGAGAAUUGGGCUGAGCAGUGGUGGUGAGGAGCACCUAUGGAGAGACGACAUGCUGCCCCAGAGGGUGGCAACCUUUUGGGGAUGGCAGUAGCAGCAGUAAGAUGAGAAAAAAACAAAAAAAAAGAUCAGACACCCACCAGCUGCCUGAUUUCCCUGUCCGGUGGAUGUCGCCGCUGUGUUUGUUAGAGGGGAACAGGGAAGGGGGGGCACUUUGUGGGCUGGGAGGUUUGUUGGGGCUGGGUGGGGAGUCGGGUGGUGCAUGAUGGGGUUUGCCAGGUGGGAAAGCCAGGGCCAUGGUGACCGGCAUACACAGAAAGCUGCCAAUCCUGUCAGCGCCACACCACAGACCAGCUGCACGUGACUCUUGUCAGGGAGCCUCUACAGCCGGUCGAUAAAAUGGCACUGUGGAAAGAUGCUUGACCCAACGAUAACUUCCCAAAGUACUUUCCCUUGAAAAAUGUCAUGUCCCCGCUAAGUUUCUGAAGCAUAGCAAAAUGUGAUGAAAUGCUAUGCUUCAUUGACGUGGUGUGUUGUUAUUUCUCAUUCCUUAUUGGUUUGAGGGUGCAUUAUCUAAAGCCACACAACACGCUAUUGAGCCACACGGAAAGCCAUGCCAAAUUGGACUGAGCUGUCCGAAGUAACAGCACCAUUGAUUUGGCCACUUUACAGUUUGUCCACAUUUAUGGACACCUCAGUUUGAUUUGGGCGACAUCUUUAAAAAUGUAUGUUUUAACACAUCUGAGAAGGACAUCAAGAAUACAUUGGUAUAAGUUUAAACCUCUUUUGGUUUGGCACUUUCUUUUUCUGUGACCACAAUUUAAUCGCUUCACUUUUUGAAUAGCUAAUUGUGUCAGUUGUCGAUGCAAGAGAAUGUCAAUGCCAUUUGUCCCAGUGUCGUGUGUGUGUGCACACACAUUGGAUCAUUGCAAAAAAAUAAAAACCACCGCUACCUUGGUACCAUUAAAGCCAACGCACACGAACCACCAGCGUGGCCACUGUGCAUACAACCAUCGGUGUUUUGAGGCAGGGUGCAUGCAUAGCACUUACCAACACCACACUCAUGGAUUUUUAAAGCCUGCCCUUAUUACAAAAGAGAUUUAGUGAGGACGUUGUACGUACGUGAGAGUGUAUAUGUGUGUGCUAAAUAUAAAUAUUCUUUCUUUUUCAAUCAUAGGCAACGGCAGUGGCCACACUCGCGCAACUGCUUGUUGCACCUGAUUCGUGUCACACAGUAAACAAUGUUCCUGUCAUUUACUUUGUGCGCGUGCACCUGGUUUAAAUUGUGUCAUUUUCUUGCUCUAAUUUACCAAUUUAGCUCCUUCGUUUUAACUUAUACAGUAGUGUCACCGUUAUGUGUAACAUGCUGUAACAACCGAGCUGAAAAAUAAAGAGCAAAACAAAAAUCGCCCGUA